CACAGCCCCGCCGCCAUGAGCAGCCAACGGGUGGAACCCAAGUGCCCCGAGGAGCUGCCCCCCGGCACGGCCGCGCCCCCGCACCAGUACCGCAACUACACGGAGGGGAAGCUGCUGGAGCGGGUGUACAACACGUACCGGCUCAUGCACACGCACCAGACCGUGGACUUCGUGCGCAAGAAGUGCGCGCAGUACGGGCCGUGCUCGCAGCGCCGCAUGACGGUGAUGGAGGCGCUGGCGCUGCUCGAUGGGCUCGUGGAUGAGUCCGACCCCGACGUGGACUUCCCCAACUCCUUCCAUGCCUAUCAGACAGCCGAGGGCAUCCGCAGGGCCCACCCCGACAAAGACUGGUUCCACCUCGUGGGGCUGCUGCACGACCUGGGCAAGGUGCUGGCGCUGUUUGGGGAGCCCCAGUGGGCCGUGGUGGGGGACACCUUCCCCGUGGGCUGCAAAGUGCAGAAGUCGGUGCUGUUUGGGGACUCCACCUUCCACGACAACCCCGACACCAAGGACCCCCGGUACAGCACUGAGUACGGGAUGUACCAGCCCCGCUGCGGCCUGGAGAAUGUCCUCAUGUCCUGGGGACACGAUGAGUACAUGUACCGGGUCAUGAAGUUCAACAACUUCGCCCUGCCCAAGGAGGCCUUCUACAUGGUGCGGUUCCACUCCUUCUACCCCUGGCAUGCGCACGGGGACUACCUGCACCUCUGCAGCGAGGAGGACCUCCGCAUGCUGCCCUGGGUGCGCGAGCUCAACAAGUUCGACCUGUACACGAAGCAGGAGGAGCUGCCCGACGUGCAGCAGCUCCGCAGCUACUACCAGGCGCUCAUCGACAAGUACUGCCCUGGGGAGCUGUGCUGGUGAGGGGGAGGCACACCGGGGGACCCCCAG